ACGGUAACACCGACGAUCACUUCACUGUGGUUCCGCGUGUUGAUAGAGAAGACCGGAUCAAGCUGAAACAACAUAUUCUUUUGUUUUUCGACAACAAACGAACCCGAACCAAAGACAAGGACAGAAAAAGAUGGAAAUGAAGAAGAGGGUUUCACUGGAACUGAGGCACCGGUCACCGGCUGAGGUCCAAGAGCUGGUUCUGGACAACUGUCGCUCCAGUGAAGGGAAGAUCGAGGGCAUCACAGAGGAGUUCUCCAACCUGGAGCUCCUGAGUCUCAUCAACGUUGGCCUGACCAGCGUCGCAGAUCUGCCCAAACUGAGCAAACUUAGAAAGCUGGAGCUGAGUGACAACAGGAUAUCAGGUGGUCUGGAGGUCCUGGCAGAGAGGCUGGUAAACCUCACACAUCUUAACCUCAGUGGGAACAAGUUCAAGGACAUCAGCACCCUGGAGCCCCUGAAAAAGCUGCCACAGCUUAAGAGCUUGGACCUGUUCAACUGUGAGGUCACCAAUUUGGCCGACUACCGAGGCUCCAUUUUCAAACUCCUCCCUCAGCUCACUUACCUGGAUGGCUAUGACAUUGAUGACUGCGAGGAUUCUGACUCGGAUGGAGAGGGAGACGGUGUGGAGGACGAGGAUGAGGACGGUGAAGAGGGUGAAUCAGAGGAUUUUGAGGACGAAGAAGAUGAGGAUGAAGAGGAUGUUGUGGCUGAAGAUGAUGAUGAAGAUGACGAGGACAGUGUGGACGACGAGGACGGCGAGGUGAAUGGAGACGUAGACAGUGAGGAGGAGGAAGAGGAAGAUGAGGAGGAUGAUGAUGAAUCGUCGCCAACCAAAGGAGAGAAGAGGAAGAGAGACCCUGAGGAUGAAGAUGACGAUGAAGACGAUUAGUGCCCCUAAGCACCCCCCCUCCCCCCCGUGCUUUUCUGUUCCCCCCUCCACUCGGCCAAAUCCGGUGCCACCGUCUUAUUUCCUGCUGCAUCUUCGUCGUUGUCAAAUUUACCCCAUAAUCUGGAUGCAAUUGUGAUUUUUAGUCUCCAGAGCCUUGAACUGAAUGUUCCAAGUUUUCUGUCUUCAUCAUCAGCGAUCCAAUGUUUUUCUUGGUCGUCGUUCGUCGGGUCAGUGUAUUUCAUCUCCAUACGGAAUCUACAACGUCGACCACCGUGUAUGUCAGUUCAGUUCCAAAAACAAAUUUCAUAACGAUACAUUUUUUUGUCUCCGCUGUCAAUUUUCACAUUUUUGAGGCAAAAAGCAGACUCCUCCAACCCGUGAUGUCAUCACCGAACAACUCGACCUGCCGACACACUGCUUUCAUCACAGUUUCUGAAACAGAAGGCCGAGCGUGCUCAGGGCAAUCUCUCUUUGUCUGCAACUCUCUCCCUCCCUCUCUCUCCUCUCAGAGCUUUUUAAAAGAUAUUUUUUCACAGAAUUUUUUUGUUAAUUUUGUAUCCUUGUUUGGGGUUCUCUCUCGCCCUCUCACUUUCUUUCUCUCUCUCUCCUCCCUCUCCUUUUCUGUUACUCUUUAAUGCUGAACAUUUCUAUUUGUGCUUUUUUUUACUUUCUGUAAGUUAAAACAAACAAAAAACAGAGGACUUUGUAAAUAAAAUCUUAACAUUUU